AAGCGCCUCCUCCUCCUGACGUCACAUCAAUGGCUCUUUGCAUGAACUGUUUUCUGCAACCCCUUCUCGUGUGCAAGGCAAAGCCAAACGUAUCGCACUGCCGCUGCCAACGAAUUCCGACUAGAGUGAGAGGGAAAGAGAGGGAAGAUCGGAGCGAAGGGAAAUCUCUCGAAUCAAUUUGAACGACGGAAAAACAGCACAAACGCGGGCAGGGGUGACAUUUUCUACAGCCAUUGGAAGAGAAACCUUCCCCUUGCAUCGAAAAUGGAGCUACCCGCCGCGGGAGAGCACGUCUUUGCGGUGGAGAGCAUCGAGAAGAAGCGGAAUCGAAAGGGGAGGAUGGAAUACCUAGUCAAGUGGCGAGGAUGGUCUCCAAAAUAUAACACGUGGGAACCAGAAGAAAACAUUCUCGACCCGCGACUGCUUGACGCUUUCCAGAACAGGGAGAGAUACGAGCAGCUUAUGGGAUAUCGCAAAAGAGGGCCAAAGCCAAAGCACCUGAUCGGCCAGGUCCCGUCCUUUGCCCGGAGAUCCAGCGUCCUCUCAGGCCUUCAGGAGACCACCCUGGACGAGGAAAACCGGCAGAAAGUGGACCCCAUCCAGACCCAGCAGUACCAGCUGAACAGCAAGAAGCACCACCAGUACCAGCCCCUGCUGGCCAAGGAGAGGGAGGCCGAGCAGCAGGCCAACGGAAAGAAGAAGCUCUACUACCAGCUCAACAGCAAGAAACAUCACCACUACCAGCCUGACCCCAAGAUGUAUGACAGCACCCAGUGCAUGAAGCCCAGGGAGGCCACCAAAGCUCCAGAACUGCCCACCAACCACAGCUGGAACCUGCCUCCCGCGCUACAGCAGAAGUGGGUCCGGGACAAGGACUCUGGCUGCCUGAGCAAAGUGAAAGAUAUCACCAUGGAGCUAAAGAAGCUUCCGGCUCACCUCAACGACCACAGUGGCGAAUCGGAGCAGAGCAAGGCCACGGCCAAAGAGGACGCACCGCUGUUGAAGGCCAACGAUGUCAGCGACAGCAAGCUGAAGAUUGUCAAGAACAAAAACAAGAAUGGACGCAUCGUCAUUGUCAUGAGCAAGUACAUGGAGAACGGCAUGCAGGCGGCGAGGAUUAAAAACGGAGAUGUGGAAACCCUUGACAAGCCACAGCCGGACAAUGAUGAUGAUGAUGCUGCAGAAAAUCAACUUGAAAAGAUGAGGCUCGUCCAGAAACUGGGUCUCACCAACGGAUUUGCGAAAGACUGCAACAAAGACGUUAAGUUACACGCCCUCAACUCAGGAUCUAACGGAUCUAACGUAUUUAAGUGUCCUGCUGAGAAGGUCGACUCACCCAAAAUGGAGCUUAGUGCGACAGAGCAGCCCCUGAGGCUGACCACCAAACCUAACCUUGCCCCUUGGCCCUUUGAGAUGGGGGUUCAUAGAAGGACUCAGCGAGUAAACGGCUCUUCUCCAGCCUUCAAACGUCACCUUUCAGAGGCAGACAAGGGCGAGGACCGUGGUGGCUGUAAACGGUUUCUAAACUCCCGGAGUAUCAGUGCACCCUGCACUGUGUCCUCACCACCUCAGAGCAACUCCAUGGACCAAAAUGGCCACCAUAGCCACAAUGGCCACCAGGACUAUGACUUCCUGGAGUCUAACCAGGACGAGCCCAUGGACCUCAGCUGUGUGAGGUCCAGACGGGAGGCUCCAGUUCCCACAGAGACACAGGUGGCUCCUUCUGCCGAGGAGGAGAAGACUGCCGAACAGACAAAACCGCCAUUGGCUAUCACAACAGAACAGACAAAACCGCCAUUGGCUAUCACAACAGAACAUACUGUGGAGGAGGAGCCUUUUCCUUCAUUCAAGCCUUUCCUUGGGAAUAUAGUCAUCACGGAUAUUACAACAAACUGUCUCACAGUGACAUUUAAGGAAUACGUUACAGUGUAACGAAGCUGAAAAAGGCGAUCUGAGGACGAGGGAUUAAUAGCAAAUGUGUGAAUAUGUACAAAUGUGUGUUGGAACAUAUUGGUAUUUUCAGAUGUUUGAAUGUAAAUAAGAGCCCUUACAGUUUGCAUUUAGUGGGGUUGAGAUUCAUUUUGUUUCGGGUUCCUAACCCUUCUAUAAUUUGUAUGUACGUAGCUUUGGCUAUCAUUCUCUAAAUGAGCCCCAGAGUUGUUGUCAUACUUGAUGAUGUAAGCUUCUAAUUGAGUUACAAACUACUUUAGUAUAUGCUAUUUGACACAUGGUAUCAGGGCUCAGUGAAAAAGCACUUACUCUUGUAAAUAAUUAUUUACUUUUUAUAAAGGCUUUAUAUCCGUUUUGCUUUACAGUCUUUGUUUAAGGUCUAUAUAUUGAGAAAGAAAAAGUCUAUAUAUUGAUUAUCGGUAAAUUACACUCUCUUUCAGUUUAUUUGCCUGUGUGUGGUGUUUGUGCACGCAAGUGAAUACGUUUGUGUGUCUGUGAGUACAUGUGUAGUGAGGUUUUGCAAAAUUAUGGACCGUGUGUGCGCAUGUGCAGUACCAUUCAA